GUAGCAAUUAAGAUAAUAGAUAAAUCACAAUUAGACGCCGGCAACCUUCAGAAGGUCUACCGAGAAGUGGACAUCAUGAAGAGGCUGGAUCAUCCUCAUAUUAUUAAGCUUUAUCAGGUCAUGGAAACGAAAAACAUGAUCUACAUUGUUUCGGAGUAUGCAAGUAAAGGUGAAAUAUUUGAUUAUAUCGCGAGGUAUGGUCGAAUGGCAGAGCAGGCCGCGCGCCGCAAGUUCUGGCAGAUUCUCUCUGCUGUCGAGUACUGCCACGAGAGGCGGAUAGUGCAUCGGGACCUUAAGGCGGAGAACCUGUUACUGGACGCGAACAUGAACAUAAAGAUUGCGGACUUCGGGUUCAGCAAUUACUACGCGGCGGGCGAGCUACUUGCUACGUGGUGUGGCUCGCCGCCCUACGCCGCGCCAGAAGUCUUCGAGGGCAAGAGAUAUACGGGCCCUGAAAUUGACAUAUGGAGCCUCGGGGUGGUGCUAUACGUGCUGGUUUGCGGCGCACUGCCAUUCGACGGCUCCACGCUCCAGUCGCUACGGGAUCGCGUGCUCUCAGGAAGGUUUAGGAUACCUUACUUCAUGAGCGAAGAAUGCGAAUCCCUGAUCCGGAAGAUGCUCGUCUUGGAACCCAUGAAGCGGUACACCAUAGAGCAGAUAAAGAAGCACCGGUGGAUGUCGACGGAGCCCUACACCGCGCCGGUGGUAGCCCCCGACCCGGUCCGAAGUCCUGCACAUACUUCCACACAUAAUGAACCCAAUGAGCAAGUCCUUCGACUGAUGCAGAGCUUAGGAAUCGACCCUAUUAAAACAAAAGAGAGUCUUCGCUCAAACAGUUACGAUCAUCACGCGGCGAUAUACCUGCUUCUGCUGGAGCGUUUGCGGGCGCGCGCGGCGGUGGGCGCUAGUGCGGCCGCGGUGGCCCUCUUGGCAAGGCCACAGUCUACCACCAAGCAGCAAUAUGUUGCCGCUCAGCGAGAGUCCAAUUUUGGAGUUGACAGAGCAAAUGGAAUCCAUAUAAGCGUUAUUGCAACCAUUUUUUCAAUAAAAUGGUAA